GGAAGUUGGGCUCGGGAGGAAGGGGCGGGGCUUCACCCAUAUUGCUUCCUCCGGGUUCCGGACGGCGGAAGGGAGCUGCUGGAUCGGGCGCUACAGCAGAGGCUGCAGAUGGCCGACGUCCCUCCGAACUCCUGUUUCUCCCCUGCAGGCACUGGGUGACCCCGCUUGACGGCUGCAACAUGCUUUAAAGUGCAUUGAGGGAGCAGCUGUAACGGCCCUGGGGGUGGCCCGGUUCAUCCUUCACGCCCUGAAGGCAGGGCUAUGGCCACAGGUUCACAGCCGGGAUUGUCUCUUCCUUGGGGUGAAGUUGAAAGAGAUUCCAGGCAGCCACCUCAGGGCCUGGUGACCUUUGAGGACGUAACUGUGUUUUUCGAGGCAGAGGAAUGGGCUCUUCUGGAUCCGCGCCAAAAAGCUUUGCAUAGGGAAGUCAUGGAAGAGAAUUAUGAGACUGUGGCCUCUCUAGUAUCAGACCUCAAUUCCUGUUGGGAAGAAGGAGAAGAUCCACUUAUCCGGCAUCCUAGAGAAGAGGAGAUAUCAAUCGACGUUCUGAAACCAGACCUCGUCUCUAUGCCCGGAGAAAGCCCAACAGGACAGGCCUCCGAGGAAGGGAAGAAAUUGGCAGAUGAUGUGCAGAAUAAUGGGAAUUCUAGGGAGCGAUGGUCGCCAGAGAUCAUCAAGAGCGAAGUAACAGAAGAGAUGACAGAAGAGACGCAGAACAAUGGGAGUUACAGGCAGCAAUGGAUUUUGCCAUCGGGGAUCGUCAAAACUGAAGGCGCAGAAGAGAUGCAGAAUAAUGAGAAUUAUAAGCAGCAAUGGAUUUUGCCAUCGGGGAUUGUCAAAACUGAAGCAACGGAAGAGAUGACGGAAGAGAUGCGGCACAAUGGGAAUUAUUGGGAGCAAUGGACUUUGUCAUCCGAGAUCGUCAAGAGUGAAGCAAUAGAAGAGAUGACUGAGAAUAUGAUGGGAAUAGAAUGGCAAGAACAAAAUAAUUCCAAGUGUGGGAAGAUGAAAGCGUUUGAUGCUCAGAAUCCUAACCUCCAACCGACUCCAAGGAAAAAAGUGAGGCCAUCAACUUUUUCGAAGUGGAAGCUAGAAAAUCCGUGGCUGGAAAUGUUUGCUGAUGUUAUGAUCUGCCUCGUCUGCAAAGAAUUUGCACGGGCCGAGGAUACGAGUUUCGUGAAAGGCUGCGCAACAUUCAAGAUUGAAACGAUAAAAAAACACGGUGCAUCUGCUACUCACCAAAAAGCUUGCCGUGCUCAAUUAGCCAGGUUGAAUCCAAUGUCCGCACCCCUGUCAGUCCCGACGGUGCAGGAAUUAAGAACGAUGGACAGCAAUUUGCACAGUAACUUGGAGAAGCUGUUCAAUACGGCAUACUUCAUCGUCAAGGAGAACUAUUCGUUUGACGACUUCCCGGCGUUAUGUGCACUGCAGAAGAAAAACGGCUUGAUAGUGGGCGAGACGUACAGGAACGACAAAGCGGCCAAGCAGUUUGCUCAUUACAUUGCGGAAAGCCUUCGGCUGGAGCUCAAGUACAAACUGAGCAAAGCAAAUUUCUUUGGGAUUUUGGCCGAUGGCUCGACGGAUAGAUCAAACGCGGCUUCCGAGAUUGUUUACUUUUAUUAUAUAAAUGAAGCGGAAGUGAAAUGUAGUUACGGAGCCCUUAAGGAGUGUCCUAGCGAGGAUGCAGGGGAAGUGAAGUCGACCAUCGAGUCGGUUCUCGACGGAUACAUACCCGAUUGGAAAAGCAAGCUGACGGCCAUAAGUUUCAACAGGGCUAGCGUUGAUACGGGCAACGCGUCUGGGGUUGCGAAAUUGUUCCAGGACAGCUGUCCAGGUCUGGUGGCCGUGCACUGCGUCGCUCACCAACUGGAGCUUGCGAUCGGGGAUGCCUUAAAGUCCGUCAAAUUCGCCGGGCUUGCCGAAGACGUCAUGAAGGGUAUAUACACGUUUUACCACAGUAGUCCUAAAAGGGCAAAGGAGUUGAAAGAGAUAGGCGAAGUCCUGAACGAGAAAGUGCUUCGCCACAUGGGUAUCACCGGAAUCAGGUGGCUGCAGUCGAAGAACUCUGCCGUGAAAGCCCUGGCCAACAAUCUGCCCGUAGUUGUGGUGCACUUGCAGCAGAUUGUGAGCGGCUCCAGCACGAAGCCAGACAGGAAGGUGGAGGCCAAGCUGAAGGGGUACUUGAAGCGUUUGAAGUCGGAGCGCUUUGUCAGGUUUUUGUUUUUCAUGGACGACGUUACGCACACGCUUACGAGGCUAUCCGAGGUGUUUCGGAGGAAGUGUGUGUCCGUCAGCGAUGUGAAAACCAGCUUGACAGCGACGAAAGAGAGGCUGCAGAGGAUGGUGAAAGACAGCGGGCCUCAGCUGCAAAAGUUUGAAAGUGCCGCGCAGCUGGAAGGCGGCGUGUUAGUGUACAAAGACGUGGAAAUCAUUAGUAACGCAAGCGAAGUUGGCUGCUUUGAGGAAGAUCGGCGUGUCUUGCUGAGUUCAAUCGUGGAAGCGAUCGACAAAUGGUUUGACCGCAUUGGAAACGACAGAGUUCUGCGAAACGUGGAAAUAUUUGACCCGUGCAACAUACCCAAACCGGUCGGUGGAAGGGACACGUCUGCAAGUAGCCAUGGAGAAAAAGAAUUGAGUGAACUAUUGCAAGCCUUGCCCAGCAACGUGAGAGUCGACAAGGAAGCCAUCUUGGAGGAGUAUCAAGAGUUCAGAGUGUGGGCUGGCAACAAGACAAGCAUCACGUGUGAAGAAGCUUGGCAGCGUCUUCAAGCAGAGUCAACGGCUUGUGCUUCGUAUAUUAAUAUAUGCAAAGUUUUGAACUUCUUACGAGUCCUCCCGCUUAGCACUGCGGAAUGCGAGAGGGGGGUUAGCCAACUAAACCUGGUUAAAACGGACAGUCGGAAACGUCUGCUUGCGACGACCAUUGAUGACUUACUGAUGAUCAAGAUGAAUGGUCCGGACCUAGAGGUUUUCAAUGCUGCAAAUGCAGUUAAUUUGUGGUGGAACGAUGUUGCCAGGGGGCGCAUUAGAAGACCCCACUUUAAAAACAAAGACUAGGGUGUUUUAAAAACCGAGGUAUAGUCCCAAUAUUUUUAUUGUAUAAACAAAAUGAAACAGGUAAGUGUGAUUUAUUCAUUCGCCUUUUGUAACAAGCUUUGCAGUUUUUUUUAGUCCUUGUCACAGAACUCAUAACAAAUUUAUAGUAAUGUUGGCAAAUAAAUUAGUCUUACAGAUUACUGUAAUGAUAGUGCCACCUUCUUAUAAUUGGUUUAUGGCUUUAGCAUAAGUCAGGGCCGAAUCUAGGUUUUUUGUCACCCGGGUCAAAGACCCAGUUUGGCCGCCCGCCUCCCGGAUGUGUGUUUGCGUACAUACACAUACAAACAAACAAACAAACACACAAACACAUCAACACAUUUAUUCUUAAAGGGCAUAACAAGUAGGCAGUAUAUCAUUUGAAUACAAAGAAACCCUAAGAAGCAUUAUGACUGUAUGGCCAAAGGGUCAAUGAGCAUCCCUUUCAGUAAAAGCAAAUCGCUUGUCAAAAGUAGAACUUCCAUGUGCGGCAAUUGUCUAUCUGAGGUCAGGUUUUGAAUUGGAUUUAAUUGGUCACAGGAUCAUUAAAAGUCUGCAGUUCCAUAAGAUCAGCCAAGACCCUCUGGUUUCCUUUUAAAAUACUUCCCCCCCUCUCUGAAGCUUUUUGCCACCCACGCUUCUUAUUGGUUCUGUGCAAACCCUUUCAAUGAGUUUUGACGUGUGAAUUUACUCCUGAGUAAGCUUCAACAAGAUUCCUUUCAAUUAUUAUUUUUUUGAUUACUCAUUUUAGGAAAUGAUGGUUUUGUGGUCAUUUUAGGUUCCAUGUAAGGUGGAAAAAAUGCUUUUUACGAGUCUAAAGUAAAAGGUGCCCUUCCGUUACAAUCCUAAUGCAGCCAGACUGACCAGAGCUUGCCAGGGAACUGCCUCUGGCACGAAAAAUGCUCACACACCCCUUACUUUCCUGUGUGUAGAUCAUGUGUAGUCUGUAAAAUGAUUCAACCUUUGCUAUUUAAACACAUUCAAAGUUCUGAAGGGGUCAUAGAAUUGUAGAGUUGGACGGGACCCCAAGGAUAAUCUAGUCCAAAUGAUUCUCUUCCUCAGAUUCUCGACCCUCCAUCCCUCCAGUUCUUUUUCACACAGUCGCAAAAACCCACAGGGGAUCCUAUCUUCUGCUUCACUGGGGAGAGCCACGCUGCCCCUUCAGAUUUCCCAACUCUUCCUCUCCGUGUAUUUGAGCCUGCUUCAGCUUCAUGGGGAAAGUGGAAGGAUGGAACUCAUGGCUGCUAAUCAUUUUCCAUCUUUCUCUCCGGCUGAAGCCCAGACAUGCUAGGAGCCUCAGUGAUGAUAAUAAUAAUAAUAAUUUAUUAUUUAUACCCCGCCCAUGUGGCUGGGUUUCCCCAGCCACUCUGGGCAUCUCCCAACAGAAUAUUAAAAGCAUGAUAAAACAUCAAACAUUAAAAACUUCCCUAAACAGGGAAUGUCAACCAAGUACAGUGGUACCUCAGGUUACAUACGCUUCAGGUUACAGACUCCGCUAACCCAGAAAUAGUGCUUCAGGUUAAGAACUUUGCUUCAGGAUGAGAACAGAAAUCGUGCUCCGGCGGCGCGGCAGCAGCAGGAGGCCCCAUUAGCUAAUGUGGUGCUUCAGGUUAAGAACAGUUUCAGGUUAAGAACAGACCUCCAGAACAAAUUAAGUACUUAACCCGAGGUACCACUGUACUGGAAUAAAACUUCACUGUCGUAACAGAAUAAUUUACACACUGUCAGAAUGGAAGAAUGCAUUUGCCCAUAAGAAAAUCAAAAUCUAACAGUGAUGCUACGGCUCUCCACAAGUAAUAAAUAAAAUACUGUUGUCAAAUAAAGCAGUGCCACGUGCAAAUCUAGCACAAUAUUUUAUUUUAUAUCUGUACAUAUACACAUACAUGCUGGUAUUUAUAAAUAUUACUUAUGCAAAUUGCUUACGGUUGGCUACUGUUGCCAAGGCUGAGCCCCAUUUAUGUUUGUGGUGUCCAAUUCGCAAUUGCUAUUAAAAAUGUGGUAUUAAAAAUGUG